AUGUCAACAUUGUUAAAUUUGAUAUAACGAAGAGGAUUUGCAUUGUUAUAUUCCAUCAUAGUGCUAACAGUCAUUUUAAGUAUGGGAUCAAAUACAGUGUUAUUGGAGAUACGGAAAGUGUGAAUGGAACAUUGAGCAUUGUGGGAGAUACCGGACAAGCUCUCACUUUGGAUUAAGUUUUGUUUGAGAGAAAAAAAUAGGAAAACAGGCUUAGACUCUCAUUUAUCAUGUCGUCAGUACUUACCUUGAGGGAAUUCUUGUCAAAAUUCUGAUUUAUAAAGUAAGCUUCUUCUUCUACUUCUGAAGUGGAUGCUACCACUGAGUGUCUGACGAAUGAGGGGAUCGACCCAUGCACCACGAUGUGUUGUGUAACCGCUAAAAUAAUAAACACAACAUUGUAUUUAUAGAUCUUUGAUGAAGUUACAUCUGUCUUAUUUAUCGACUGUGUUUCAUCUGCUUCCAUAAAGCGAGGCUACGUAUCGCAACAUAUUUCAGAAAUUGUAGCAAGAAAAAGUGAAUUUCUUACUGAAGGAGUUUAGUGAUAUAAAUCUGUCCAGAUACCUUAAAUACAGGCUACAGGGUUGAACAAACGUAUUGGAAUGUUAAAUAUAGGUUAAACUAUUUAUUAAUGCAGAUUUUCAGAUAUGAUAGACACACUGAAUAUUAAUUAUUAAUAAUAUCCGUACAUGUUAAUGUAAAUUAUAUAUCAAAGACAGGUAUUCAGAUACCUUAAAUAUAGGACGGAAUUAAAUCAGUGCGUAAGGCUUGUACAUUGAGCUUAACAGGGAUGAGCAAAGCUGACUGUGGAAUAAUAUUGGCAAAACGAAAAAGUUUGUAGAUUUGGAUAUUAUCUGGAAGCGUGAGCAACGGGUUUCUUAGCAUGAUUAGGUACUCGAGAGAGGAUGUUUUCAUACUGCUUAAUGCCACAGGGAGAACGAUAUAAUAAAUUCAAAUGUGUUCGCAAGUAUGCGGAUUAUUUUGAGGAAUAUUAUCUCCAAAUGAACUGAACAGUGUAAGAUAUUUGACUUAUUGCACUUUAUUCAUUAAAUAUUCACAGAUAUUGAGUUGAAAGAAUUGUUCAUAUCGGUAUAAAGAGGAUUAUUAUAUUAUGUUGAAGCUACUGAACAUUUCCGACGAUAUACAUCUGUUAGUAUUUCCCCUUAAUCUCAUAUCAAAAGAUGCGGAUGUUACGAGUUGGAAUGUAGUUACAAGGCCGACGGUAUUUAUUUUUGGAUGAAUGAUAUAGUUAUAUAUGUUUCGUUAGAGAAAACAUGUAAUGAAUUGCAGCUAUUCCUACAAAGUUUUAGGCGUGUACGUUCUAAAUGUGCCAAGUUAAGAAUUUCAAAUAAGACUGAUAUUCUGGAAGCCCUCUGUGGAAGGCAGGCAUUUUUCACGGCAUUACUCAUUAUAUAUAAAAUCAGGUAAAAGUAUAUAUAGGUUGAAGAAAUGUAAGAAAGCGAGCGAUAUACACACGGUGUAUAGCUCUGUGUUAUAUAGGUAUACCUGGAUUUGUUAAUGUACGUGGAACAUAUAAAAAUGUUAAAGACUGUCGUAAAACGGCCGGUAGAUGAAAAUGCAAUUAGAUAAGAUACAUAGUGUUUACCUGUUAACAAGACUAGAUCUUGUUGAAAGCCGAGGUUAUAUCAUCUUGAAAUUUAGCGGAUUGUGUGUUUGUCGAAUAAAUGUUUUAUAGUGUUCACAGUAAAUCGCUUUGUUUACCGGGCCACAUACGUGUUUACUCGCCAGUUUAUGACAGUGCUAACACGAAAAAGGGAAAUUAAAUUUAUUUGAACAGAGUUGCUCUGCGUGGAUGUUCAAAAUAGAUAAAAAAUCUAGCUUCCUUGAGGUAUCGAACAAACCAUCGGAAUAUGGAGGAAUAUUUAGUUCAAGAAAUCGGGUGAAUAUUAAAUUAAUCGUGGAAUAUGGAGAGAAUUUUAUAGAUUUUAUCAAGAUAUUUAAAAGAUUAUAGUCGUGAAUUUUACAUGGAAUACUAGCUUUUACUAAAAAAUAAUCGUUUAUAAAUGGAGAGGAUUUCAUAAAGAAUAUACAUAUAAUGGAAUAAUCGUAAACCAGGUGGUGAGUAAAAUAGAUAAUAGUGGGAAAAAUGGAGAUGAUUGUGUAAUUUUGUCCCCAUUAUUUAAAACUUGAAAGAUGGAGACAACGCCAAUGAUACAACAUCGAGUGUCGACCACUCGAAAGCUCAAGCGGUUGUUCAGUCGCUAUGAGUUUGAGAGUGCUGAGCUCGAACGGCUGUACCGCCGGUAUGUGUUCAAGCUUCGACAAGCUUCGUUGAGUAAAUUGCUCGGCCUGAUGUGCCUUCUGUGUGCCUGUAUGAUUAUCUUGAACUUCUACUAUGUUCGGAAUAUAAGUGUGCCAGGAAUAUACAUGAGUGUGCAAUUUACUGUGUUCCUUCUUUUGUUUAUUUUUCAUAAUACGAGAUUCAUGAAGGAAUCUCAUUUAGGUGGCGUGUGUACAGUGAUUAUGAUAUUUCUGCUCGGAUUUGUAGUGUUUUCGUUACCUUUUGAUUUUGGAUCAGUUUAUGAAGACAGACCGUUACCGAUCUAUACGCCUGUCAAUGGAGUCUGGCAAAUAAUGUUUAUAGUAUUUGUGAUCUAUUCAAUGAUGCCUCUACGGACUUACGUCGCCGCCAUUUUGGGGAUAAUUAUUCCAGUUAGUCAUCUGAUAGUUACGUCCCUUGUUGCUAAUAACAUCCCGGAGUUGCUAUGGCGACAGAUAUUGGCCAACAGCAUCUUGUACCUUUGUGUAAACAUAGCUGGUUUAUUCAUACAUAACGUGACAGAGAGAGCGCAACGAAAAACAUUUGUGAAAACAAGAAAUUGUAUCGCUUCACGUCUAGAUAUCGAAGACGAAAACGAAAAGCUGGAGAAGUUGCUGCUCAGCGUACUUCCACAACACGUUGCCAUGGAGAUGAAGAACGAUAUAACAUCCCCACAUCAGGGAAUGUUCCACAAAAUCUACAUACAGCCCUACGAUGAAGUAAGCAUAUUGUUUGCAGACAUUGUGGGCUUCACCAGUCUGUCAUCUCAUUGCUCCGCAGAAAAUCUCGUCAAAAUACUCAACGAACUAUUUGGGCGAUUUGAUCACUUAGCAAAGAACAAUCAUUGUUUGAGAAUUAAGAUUCUUGGUGACUGUUACUAUUGUGUUAGUGGUUUACCUGAAAAGCGUGACGAUCAUGCAAAAUGUUGUGUGGAAAUGGGAAUGGAUAUGAUUGAAGCUAUCGAUUUUGUGUGUGAGUCAACUGGUGUGAAUUUGAAUAUGCGUGUAGGAAUACAUACAGGUCGAGUACUUUGUGGAGUUCUGGGAUUGAAAAAGUGGCAGUAUGAUGUGUGGAGCAAUGACGUCACUCUAGCAAACGCAAUGGAAUCUGGCGGAAUACCUGGACGUGUACAUAUCACUAAACAAACGUUAGAGUGUCUACACGGCGAGUAUGAGGUAGAGAACGGUCACGGAGGAGAUAGAAACGCCUAUCUACAAGAGAAGGGCAUUGAAACAUACCUUGUUAAAUCCCUUCAUCCUGUCCCGCCAAAGGAGACAUUGUUAUCUGACAAAUCAUUAGCUGGUAUAAGAGGAAAGAAACUGUCGUUCCGAAGUGUCACAAACUGUGUAAUGAGGCUGAUCCAUUCGGUCAAGUUCAAUGCGGAGAUUCCAUUUUCUAAUGUGCUGAACCCACAGUCUGAGGAGCCGAGUAAACAUCAUUCCAGUCAUGGAGGUUCUAAUAAAUUCACAAAGUUUGGAUACUCUGUGACAGACAAAUUAAGGAAAGCCUUCAAGGAAAGGCAUUCAAACAAACCAACGCCAGUUGAUAGGGUGAACAAAUACCUUAACCAAGCGAUCACAGCAAGGAGCGUAGAACGGGAGAAGUCAGAACAUGUUAACUACGUAACAUUAAGGUUUCGGAACUCGGACAAAGAAAAACUGUAUCAAGCUAUGGACGACUUUGCGUUUAGUAGCAGUAUGAUAUGUUCCAUGCUGAUGCUGAUAUGUACAGCCGCCCUGAACACAGUCAUGCUUCCAAGAACAUUGUUGUUGUUAAUGCUGUUCCUGGCAACAUUCUGCUGGAUAGCCGUUGUUCUAAUGCUCAUAUUGAGCGUCAAAUUAAAGUGCACGGAGUUUGACGUUCGUAAGUCAUCAUGUCUACGUUUAUUCGUAAUGGUGACGACAGUGCUGCUAAUCUAUGCAAUGGCACAGGUCAAUGUUUUUUGUUGCGCAGACGGUGUGUUUCACGUGUUUACCAAGACAAUGCUCUCGGACACUGCUUCAGACAGCCAUCUGCAAUGCGGCGUUCCUCAUUACGUGUACCUAACGUGCGUAAUGGCGUACAUAAGCGUCUCUGUGUUCCUGAAGCUUGCAGCUGGAAUCAAGCUUCUACUGAUGUUGCUCAUGGGUGCCGGUUACGUUGUGUUGAUGGAGCACACGCAUUCUAAAAUAUUUACGGAAUUUGAUAAUUUAUACAACCCAAUUAUACCUACGCAUAUAUCUGGCAUCGUCGUGCUUAUUAUUUUCAUGGUUACACUGUAUGUACAAGGGAGACAAUCGGAAUGGACAUCACGACUUGAUUUCUUGUGGAAAACGCAGGCUACAGAAGAGAAGAUUGAAAUGACGGAUCUACAGAACAAUAAUAGACAGAUAUUGUGUAACUUGUUACCUGCCCAUGUCGCUGCACAUUUCAUCGAUAAUCAGAACAAAAGUCACAUGGAGUUAUACAGCCAACAUUAUAGUAAGAUUGGGGUCUUUUUUGCCUCAAUCCCUAACUUCUCCGAGUUCUACAUGGAGCUGGAUGCCAACAACCAAGGAAUGGAAUGCCUCCGUGUUCUCAACGAAAUAAUCGCUGAUUUUGAUGAGUCGUUAAAUGAACCUAAAUUCCGUGCUGUGGACAAGAUAAAGACGAUAGGAAGUACCUACAUGGGAGCUAUAGGGCUCAUGCCGGAGUACAAAAUACAAGCUGAUUCUCCGGAUUCAAUCACACAGAAUUUGUCGAUAUUAGUGGAAUUUAUUCUGACGAUGAAAGACAAGCUCCACAAUAUCAAUGAAAACUCGUACAACAACUUUAUGCUGAAGAUAGGAGUAAAUGUUGGUCCUGUCGUGGCGGGUGUGAUUGGUGCACGAAAGCCGCAAUAUGAUAUCUGGGGGAACACUGUUAAUGUGGCGAGUCGAAUGGAGAGUACGGGAAAACCAGGAUUUAUACAGACAACAGAGGAUGUUAAGAAAGCGCUAAGUGACUGGUAUGAGUUUGAAUGCAGAGGAACAGUAAAGGUUAAAGGCAAGGGGGAAAUGACAACAUAUUGGUUGAUCGGUAGAAAAGCAGCAACCGGUCUCCCAAAUCCAAAACCACCACUAGCUAUUCAGGGUACAAACACAUCUAGUCAGGGACAAUCCAAGCAACCUUCUAGUCCACACGGUUCUAGCGGUAGCUCGAAAGGUCAUGGAUUCUUCCACAGACAGGCAUCAUCAGAUUCAACUAAAAGUGGGUCAAAACAAGACAGCAAACAUGGAAAGCACAGCUGUUCAAAUACCAGUCAUCCUAGUCCAACACACCCUAAUCAACGAGUUAACUCAACAGAAAAGAAUGCAAAUGAACAAGUGACGGCUGCUGCAGUUGUUCCACAGUCCCCGUCUGCGUCACUUAAAUCAACACCAAGGUCACCUGGUGGAAUUGUACGAGCAUAUGAACAGGAACACGCGCAAAAGAUAGAUAUGCAAAUGAGUAUGCCGACACCUCCUGGUAGUCUAAGCCGAAGGAGAAAUAAUAUUGAAAGUCCGAGGGAUUCGAGAAAUCCUUUAAGAAAACUCAGCAAUAAUUCUUUAACAAAUUGCAUUUCAAGUCAAGGUCCACCAUCGGAAGUUUCUUCUACAUAUAUGAGAGUGGACUCGCCUGAGUUACCUGCAGUACAUUUUAGAAACUUAAAAAUGAACGAGAGUGACGAAAGGAAUUCUAGAGCGAUACAGAAUGAUUUAUUUGAUAGUCUAAAAGUUGGGCUGGAGGUAAAACCAAAUGACAAACAUUCUAAGCACAAGAAGAAGAAGGAUGUAAAUCGGACAGCCAGUAAUCCUUUGGACAAUGAAAGUAGCAGAAAGUCUUUAAACAAUGAAAUUCCACCACCAUUACCAGCCAAAAAUAGAGAUUCGUUUGGAUGUGCACAUUUACAUUACGAUAGUUUAACACCUGUCAAAACUCAAAAUCUAACUAACAACCCAUACACUCAGAAUAGAUACAACUCUGAACACGGUCGUCCAAUCGUUCCGUAUCAAGUGAGCAAUCCAAUUGUGCCUAUGAUGCAGGAAACUCCCUUGGUGCAGGCUGGAGUUGCAAACCCGAUACUUAGUCCGGUAAAGCCUGCGCCUUGCCAGUCACCACGAAGUGUCAAUCCUCCGAACAAUUUCUUCUUUUAUAACAACCAUGCUUUGAAAAACGAUCUUGCUAGCAUCGAUGAAAUACCACCCGAAGAAAGAAGGAAACGUUCAAAUGUUCUAAAAGAACUUGGAACUGUAGUUAAUCCAUCCCAGCCUAAUCGGCCAGCUUUGAGACAUACCAAAGUACAAAACAAUGUUCCAAAUGAAGCAACUUACAGUGUUAUAAACAAAAACAAAUCACCAGGAGAUGCAUGUGAAGAAAAAUUUGUAACUGCAGUGUACCGAGAGCCAAUUGCGGCAUCGACUUCUCCACACCACAGUCCAAUACCAACACCACCGCUUAGAGAGACAUACUCAAAACAAAAUACUCCGCAAAAUCUACAGAGAAACACUCCGAACACGUUCGAAACGCCUUUAAAUACAACGGAACAGGAAAAACCUUUGACAAGGCUUCCGCCACGUCCAACUCCUCCUGACCCGCGGCGAAUUUCAGACGGCUCGCGCCAUAGUAGUAACAGUUCCCAGUCAACCUUGACCCCUACUUCUGGGAACCCUCUAGUAGCAAGUAUAGACGGAAAGAUGAUGUCACUUUUGCCGCCACCUCCAGAAUCUCAAGAUAUUGAAGAACAAGAAGAAAAACUCAUUUCUCUUCUUAAGCGCUCUCCUUCCGAUAGUGCAAAGGACAGGGUUAAGCAUCGAAUGUCUGUGCCUCAAGUUAAAAGAAGUAAUUCUAGUCCACGUGCAAGGCCAAGAGGCCUUCCAAUACCCAUAAAAAACAGACACGAGCAGAAUCAUAACGUAAGUUCAUUUUCUGAUGAUGAUGAAUCCGUCGCUUCUCAUCAACAGAGUGAAAGUUCAUCAGUGGUGUUAUUACAACCGAUAGAGUUAAAACUAGCAAGACCGGCAUACGUUCGCCAAAUAUCAAACCCAGAUCAUCACUUAAAGUCUUUUCUGAUAAACUCAGAUUUUAGUUUCCCAAACCGUUAUCGCCAUCUUUCGCGCUCAAGUGAUACCAUAAAUAGCAUACCACGUGGACAGCAGACGCCAAAGUUUCCGCUCAUGACAGCUGAAUCUACGUCACUGACACAGCUACUCAAAGAACUAGCCAAUGAUCACCCUUCUCUUGACAUUAACUUACAUUCAGACUUGUUAGGUGAAAAUGAUGAGUCGGAUUUGGAUUCAGAUGACGCUGAUCAUCUUGGUAAUAUAAAAACAAAAGGUUUCACAGAGUAUGAGCCUUUACUAAAUGGUGCUAAUAGUGAUUUUGACAAUGUCAAAGAAAAUGGUGCAAUCAGAAACAAGUCUAGCAAGGGGAAAUUAAAAGAAUCCGACAGGUUGAAUAAAGUCAAUUCAAAAGGUGGUAAGAGGGAUAAGAAUGAAAUAAACCCUUACCAAAUUAAAAGACGAAAUAAUUACACAAUACCGCCUAGAUUUUGCAGAAGUCUCGACUAUAUACCAAGUGACAGAGAGGAUCAUAACCAAUCUAAUCAGUCUUCAACUUGUGGUAGCCCAAAAUACAGACAUGAUUUACCAUCUAUGCACGCAUACAUGCUGCCCUUUUUCUCAGGGCGGAAUGCACUGGGUAUUGAAAGUAUUAGUGUGUCUUCUGUCGACUCGGGUAGUGAAAUGUCGCGGAGUGAUCCGGCAUUGAAUGUUGAGGCGGGGUCUUCUGCAUAUGAAUCUGAAUAUGAUAAUUAUCGUCCGGGAAUGACAAGCGAUGAGGACUACUUUCAUCCAGAUCCCGUGAGUGAUAUGGACAUUGAUCUAUUUGAUGAUGUAAAUGUUGACAAUGUGACUGUAAGUGAUCAUUACAGCUUUGACCUACCACCAUUGCCUGUGUUCCCUAAGAAAAAAAUUACGGAAGUAUAACAAAAAGAAAGUUAUUAAAGAAGUUACUGGGAAUUGUAACGAAACAAAAAGUAGCCAGGUAAAAAAAGAUGAAAAGUGUAACGAGAAGAAAAUAUUCAGUACAGUAUCUACGAAAAGGAAAAACGAUCGGAAAAGAAUAGAAAGUUGUAACGAAAUAAAUUUUAAUUCGCUGACAAAAAGGGCUUUGUAGCGAAAGAAAAGGAAGAAAGUAAGCUGACAGGUAGAAUAGUGUCUUCCAUUUUUGACAAUUUCAUGCAAAUAUCCUACUAUACCAAAGAGUAGAUAAUGCUUUUAAUUUUUAUAAAUGUGUCUUUGUUUGGUUUAAACUAUUGUAUCUGUUCGUGCAAAGCAUAUAUAAAUAUAUUAUAAGUGAGGAUGCAAAUAUCUUUGAUGAGGAUGUAUAUAAUUGAAUGUUUAGGAGUUAUUAUUUUUAUUUAUUUCAAUGUACAUUUUUAUGAUAAUUAGUAAUGAUCCUGUCGGGGGAAAAUCGACUGAAUGACCCCCCUUCCUCUUCCUCUCCGAUGGCUAUAUUCAUGUGUAGGAUAACAUUUUAGAAAGUGGUGAAUAAAGUUCGUUUUUAAAGUUCCCAGGUUCCCUCAAAGUAAGUUAAAACAUCCAUUUUCCUGAAGUAACCUUUAAGAUACACUUCCUGGUAUAUGUGAGUUUCAGUAUUAAUUCUUGCAUUAUUUCUUUACUUGUAAGAGAAUAGUUAUAAAUGGGUUUUACCAAUUUUUUAUGUACUGGAUGACAUUUCUCUGAUAAUUUUGAAUUAAAAUCAAAUUUUGUGUAAAGGAAGAAAUUAAAAAACGUGAACAAAUCCCUUAAAACUAAAAAAAUCAUUACAAUGCAUUACAAAUGAAACGAUACAAGUCCGAGGUUAAUCUAAUAUUGAUCUUCAGGUCCGCGUGUUUAUAACUUUUAAAAACACGCCUUGCAUGUGGGUGUCCAUAAUAAUUUCCUGGCUUGGUAGUGGAUAUAUGUUGCUUUUGUACUAAUGAUAGUAGUCGAGUAUUUAAUAAAUCACAAUGCCGAAUGUGAGGCCCCCACAGACAAAGUCACUCCAUCCAUGUUUUAUUUCAAGAAAAAUGUAACAUUUCAGUCGCCAAGAUUUCAUAGUCACCAUAACAUGUACAUCGCAAAUGUAUUGCUUCAUAAGUAAAUAGAAGCUUAACAUAGUUAUUGAUUGGAAAACGA